CCUCUCUUUCUCUCUCUAUCUCUCCAAAGAAGAGAAGAGAGAAGAAAAUUAGAGAAAAGGGAGUUAAGAAGAAGCCCUAAAGGGAGGAGGAGGCGAUGGGAAAGCUUCUCUGCGACUCAAGCGCCGUCACCGAAACCCUAAAGCCCUCACCGCCCCUCCUCCAAUGGCCGGAGAUCCCGCCCCCCGCCUCGACAAUACCGUCGGCGGAGGCGGAUCCGGCCUCCACCGCUGCCGCUGCAUGGGGGACCGUGCCCGGGCUGGAGGAGCAGCAGCGGCGGCACCUGGAGAAGAUCCACGCGCGGGGGGUGUUCUGGCGGAAUCCCCAGGACGCGUCGACGCCUGGGACGGUUUUCCGGCUGGAGCACGGCGGAGAGGUUGAAUCGGACGGGAACUGCCUAUUUUCCGCCGCAAGGAGGGCGAUGGGGGCGGCGGCGAAGGGGAUGGGACCGCGGGAGCUGAGGCAGCGGACGGUGCAGCGGUUCCAAGAGGACCACAGAUCGGCGGAAGGGGAGGCGAGGGAGGCGGUAGAUGCGGCGAUCCGGCACCUCUACUCGCCGGAUCUGAAGUCCGGUUGGGGGAUCCACGUGGUCCAGGAGGUGAAGCUCCUCGCGAGGAAGGUGGAUCGGGAGGAAAUGGACGCCGCCAUCCAAGAGCUCGUAGAUCUGGGGCUCCGGAGGGAGGUUGCAGCAGAAUCUAUUUAUAAGGAGAGAUGCAUUGCUGUGAAUGAUGGUCCUAGUUGGGUAAAGUAUAUGUCCAUCUCUGGCUCUCAAGAAGAUGAACAUGACAUAAUCACUAUGCAGUACACGGAAGAGGGCUUGUUAAGUGUAGAUGAGAACUGGGAUGGCCAUGCUGCAGCUUUUGGGGAUGACAUUGCAAUUGAGAGCUUGGCAACAGAGUUCAAGAGAGAAGUUUAUGUGGUUCAAGCACAUGGUUCAGAUGCAAUGGUUGAUGAAGACAAUUGUGUCUUCUUUCUUCCACACCGACCUAGGGGUCAGAUCUGUGGACCUCCAAUUUUUCUGUUUAUGAAAGGCACAGGCUGGUGUGGUGCUGGAGCUGACCAUUAUGAACCUUUGAUAGCUAGUCCUAUUCCUCUUAUUUCCCAGGAGAAGGCAGCUGUUGUACUCUGAGGAUACUGAAUAUGCAGUUUUUGUGGAGUAAAGGUGGAUCAAGUUUUUUUUUUUUUUUUCAUGUUGGGAAGACCCAACCAAUUAGGAUCGAAUGAGAAUUAUUAUUGCAUACCUAUUUUUUGACAUGAACCCAUUUGGAUCAACACUGACUCUAACCUGCAGGUCUUCACCUGCUUCUGAGAGACCUCUGAGUGCUUGUGUAACGGCAUUUCUAGCUCGGUUGGUGAGAGUAUUUUCAAGUUAUUAGAUGGUGAAUUUUUUCCCUUCUGUACUGGGUUUUCAAGCAUUUUGAGUUCAGUCCAGAGCUGUAUUUCUUUUUACGAAGAUUUCGUCUCUAUUAAAUGAUAGAAUUGGUUGAUUUUUUUUUUAU